CUGUGGGUUGUUGCUUGUUUCAUUUCAUAGAUAAAUUAAUAAUUUAUCUAUGGGUUGUUUAUUAUCAUUAUUUUUCAUUUGAUGGAAUAAAUAUUAAAUAUUUUUUAAACUAUAGAACAACAGAUAAAACUUUCAAAAUGCCGACACAAUUCGUCGACGUAAAUUCGAACGAAAUCAGAGCGAAAAUCGCGUAUAAUGGCGAAGUACUAGUAACCUAUAUAGACCAAACGAUAACGUUAGAUCAACUGUGUCAGGAAAUGAAGGAAAUAUGUAGAUUUCCCUUGGAUCAAGUAUUUACCAUGAAAUGGGUCGACGAAGAAGGGGAUCCUUGCACCAUUUCGUCUCAGAUGGAACUUGAUGAAGCUGUUCGACUCUAUGAAGUCAACAGAGAUUCUGAAUUAACAAUUCAUGUUUUUCCGAAUGUGCCCUCGCAACCAGGAAUGCCCUGUCAGGGCGAGGACAGAAGUAUUUAUAGAAGAGGAGCACGUCGAUGGCGGAAGCUUUACAGAGUUAACGGACAUAUAUUUCAGGCUAAAAGAUUCAAUAGGAGAGCUUUUUGCGCAUAUUGCAACGAUAGAAUCUGGGGUUUAGGUCGACAAGGUUUCAAAUGUAUCCAAUGCAAAUUGCUCGUUCACAAGAAGUGCCACAAAGCGGUCAACAAACCUUGCACCAGCGAACACCAAGAAUCUAUAAUUAGAGAAGAACAUAAUGGCGAAACUGGCAUCAACACGCCGAACACCGAAAUCAAGUCGGAUAUUCGAGAAAGAGACUUCUCGCAACCGCCUCCAGAUGUCACUGGUGAAUCUGUUCCUGUUGAAGAUCCAAACAAGCCAGUUGACGACCUCGAUCCGGGUUCUCAACGUCAAUACUCCCUCAACGACUUUGAAUUGAUUCGCGUAAUCGGACGAGGAUCGUACGCGAAGGUUCUCAUGGUGGAACUGAAGAAAACCAAACGUAUUUACGCCAUGAAAGUGAUUAAAAAGGCUUUGGUAACUGACGACGAAGAUAUCGAUUGGGUGCAAACUGAAAAACAUGUUUUCGAAACGGCCUCUAAUCAUCCUUUUUUGGUCGGUUUGCAUUCCUGUUUUCAAACGCCUUCUAGGUUGUUCUUUGUGAUUGAGUUCGUUCGAGGUGGCGAUUUGAUGUUCCACAUGCAGAGGCAGAGGCGGUUGCCUGAAGAACAUGCAAGGUUUUAUGCUGCUGAAAUUUCACUAGCAUUAAACUUUUUACAUUGCAAAGGAAUCAUCUACAGAGAUCUGAAGUUGGAUAAUGUCCUUUUGGACCACGAAGGUCAUAUCAAAUUGACUGAUUACGGUAUGUGCAAAGAAGGAAUCAGGCCGGGCGAUACGACUUCGACUUUUUGUGGUACGCCAAAUUAUAUCGCUCCAGAAAUUUUGAGAGGCGAAGAUUAUGGAUUUUCCGUCGAUUGGUGGGCGCUAGGCGUCCUGUUAUAUGAAAUGUUGGCCGGUAGGUCGCCAUUUGAUAUAGCGGGUGCUUCGGAAAACCCCGAUCAAAACACGGAGGAUUAUCUAUUCCAAGUAAUAUUGGAAAAAACUAUUCGUAUUCCUAGGUCGCUUAGCGUUAAGGCGGCGAACGUUCUGAAAGGUUUUCUAAAUAAAAAUCCGGCCGAUAGGUUGGGAUGUCACAGUCCGGAAGCUUUCGUUGAAAUAACCAGUCAUCAGUUCUUUAAGAGCAUCGAUUGGGAUAUGUUGGAACAAAAGCAAGUUCCUCCUCCUUAUAAACCACGUUUGGAUUCGGAGAGAGAUUUGGCCAAUUUCCCACCGGAAUUUACUGACGAACCGGUGCAUCUUACACCUGACGAUCCUCGUGUAAUCGAAAAAAUCGAUCAAUCCGAAUUCGAAGGCUUCGAAUACGUGAAUCCGUUGCUCAUGUCGUUGGAAGAUUGUGUGUGACAUAACGUCCUCUGCGCUCUACAUCCCUCCAAUCUACCACCACCUCCACCGCCCGCCAUCGUGCAUCGGUACCCACCACCGAUGUUGCCUCCACCUCCGCCUCCGGGGGAAUUCGAUGCGCCCGAUGGGAACGGAUACCUACAAGUUGACGUACGGCCACAGGCCAAGUCUAUCCUUCAGAAUAUCUUCUGCCUUCCACUCAACUAGUGCUUUAGAGUAUAUUAACAAGUAUUUAUUCGUAUUUUGAGGUAUAUGGAGAUAAAAGCCGUAUUAGUGAUGACAAAAACGUUAUUUCUGCAAAAGUAUUAAAGAUUACUGUUAUUGUAAGUAUUAAUAAAGUUUUAAGUUCGUAUUUAUUAUGCACUUAUCUGGUUUUUGCCGCCGUAUCCUCAAUUUAUUUCAUAGUUAGUAUUUUUUUUAAAGGUGCUCAUUGAUAGUGGUUCUGAAGUAACAAAAUGUUAAGAAUUUUUCAUAAUUUGAGGUGUAGAUUUGGGUGGUUUUAAUCAAUGGUUUUUACGAAACUACAUUUUUUUAGUAUAUGAUUCUUCUUUUCUUUAUUAUUUUAUCUUAGAAAGAUUUGAAAUUUGUUAGAUUAAAUUAAUCGUUACUCAUUAAACGUAAUAAUCUUGACACAUCGAUAAUAAAAGAAAAUAGUUACAUUUUUGUUGCAUUUGAUAUUUUCCUUUAUUAAAAAUUGGUGGUUUCGGUAACCGUUACUCAUUAAAUGUAAAAAUUAUGACUUGACAAAAAAAGUAGUUAAAAAUUAACAAAAAUUUUAUUAUUAAAAAGUUUGAUGAUUCUAUUGAAUAAAAACCAUCAAUAUAUAACUCGAUUUGCACCUUCACUAAAAUGUUAGCCACAUAAAUUACAAAAAUAUUAAAUAAUUAUUAAGUAAAGUAUAUUUAAACAUGUAUAUGAUAUAUUUAUUGUAAAGCAUAAUAAAAUGGGCACCUUUUUUUUUUCAAUAUAUUUCGUUUAAUUUUAAAUCUGGAAAGA